CUGUUGAGAAGGAGAUAGCAAGAUAACCUUGGUAUUUUAUGGAGUAAUCAGAUUUCCAUGAUCUUGAAUGAAUCAUUUUAGGCAGAUAAAAAAUACAAGACUUUUGAAAUGAAUCCAAGAGGAGACUAAUUACUCAGCUGGCUGGUUCAAAGCAUGAUAGGCAAGCCCAAUGAAAAAUAAACAUAAUGGAUCAGGAACAUCCUUAAAGCAACUGGGAAUGAAUGUGAACCAGUGAUCAGAAACCUUCAACUCUAUCCUUAUAUCUGAACUUUGUAUACGUGAGACAAAGAUCACAACAAUGCAAGGAAAAAUAGAAAUAAUCAUGGGAAAAUGGCUAGUCGUAAGUGCUUUUCACAUUGGGCCUGAAUAAGGAGUUUGCCAAGGGGCAAAUCCUUACUGAUGCUCUCAAAAGAAACUGAACUCCGUUCCCAAGGGAGGCUACUGUCUUCCCUCCACAACAGUGCCACAGAAGAAGUGGUGGACAACAAUGAGCCCCGCAUGGUGUGAUGAACAUAAGCCAGAUCAGAUCAUGUUAUGGAUUCAGCCAAUCUGGAAGGAUACAUGAGCCGGUGAGAAAGAACAUGGACUUCUGAGAACACUAACUUCCUAGAUGCUUAAAAUAGAAGAGCCUGGGAUUAUGGUGAUCAGUUACCAAUGGCUAGAAAGAUGGAAAAGCAAUGGACCCCUCUAUCUGUACCUAUAUAAAUAAAGUUUUAGAAGGCAGAGAGAACUUAAACUGAACCAAAUAAUUAUUUCAGCCAUGGGAGAAAAUGAAAGUUUUUGGGAGAGCUUGAUAUAUGCACAUCCUACCUGUGUAGCCUGGAAGCAAGAGCCAGAGGGAUCGAUAUACCAUCUAGCUAGUAUUCUAUUUGUUGUUGGCUUCAUGGGAGGAAGUGGAUUCUUUGGGCUAAUGUACGUCUUCAGUUUGCUUGGAUUGGGUUUUCUCUGCUCUUCUAUAUGGGCUUGGCUGGAUAUAUGUGCUGCUGAUAUCUUCUCCUGGAAUUUUGUCCUCUUUGUGAUAUGCUUCAUACAAUUUAUUUAUGUUACCUACCAAGUUCGGAGUGUUUCCUUUGAAAAAGAAUUCCAGGAACUCUACAGUUCUCUUUUUCAGCCUCUGGGAAUCUCCUUGACUGUUUUUAGGAAGAUUGUCUUGUGUUGUGAUGCAGAAGUGAUUACUUUGGAGAAGGAGCAUUGUUAUGCUAUGCAAGGCAAAACACCUAUUGAUAAACUCUCUAUGCUUGUGUCUGGAAGGAUCAGAGUGACCGUUGAUGGAGAGUUUCUGCAUUAUAUUUUCCCCCUUCAAUUUCUGGAUUCUCCUGAAUGGGAUUCCCUAAGACCCACAGAAGAGGGUAUUUUCCAGGUAACUCUUACAGCAGAGACGGACUGUCGAUAUGUGGCUUGGAGGAGAAAGAAACUGUAUUUGCUGUUUGCUAAACACCGUUUCAUCUCACGUCUGUUUUCAAUUUUAAUUGGGAGUGACAUUGCUGAUAAACUAUAUGCCUUGAAUGACAGAGUGCACGUAGGAAAAGGACUUCGAUACGACAUCCGGUUACCAAACUUCUACCAAGUGGCAGUACCAGGGACACCCAAAGUGCAACCUGCAGAACAACUUGUGAGCAAUUCAAGACAAAAGUUCACUAACAUUGCAAACUGUGACUCUUCUAAAAAAUAACAAACAAAAAGAUAUGCUAAAUAAAAUAGGGAAAUACAAGUUAAUAACAGGAAAAUCAAGCUGAACAAUACCUAGUAAAGCCAAACUUGAUUGAAAGUGCCAUUUACUUUAGUUAAAAUAGCUUGCCUCCCUUUUCUCCCUGCAGAGCCAGCUGGUUGGCUUGUACAUCUUGACUAAUUAUGCAUUAUGAUGAAUUUCUUUUGUUGGUCUUAUUACUUUUAGGGGGGAAAAUGAAUCAUGAUGGGAUGAAGCUUUAUUGUAAUUGUGGUGCCUUCUGUGGGUUUUUUUUUUAAGAUAUUUGCAUAGCGCUCUUGAUCAUAUUUAUUCCAACUUGCUUGUCAUAAUGAAUUAUGGAAUCCAUUUCAUCAUAGUGAAAUGCAAAAAGCAAGUUAUCUUAUCUUAUUUUGAGUUGCUUGUUACAUUCAGAAUUACAAUAUGUGAACCUGAUCUUUUUUUUUAACCAUCAGAAUCUUAGAGAUUACGUUUAAAAAAUUUUUUAAACUCAGAUUGUCUUGUUUUUCUUUUUAAAAAAAGGGAAAUGACAAUGUGAAAUGCACAGUAAGACAAUUUUUUAAAUUCAGUGCAUGAACAGUUGAUUUCUCUCAGGCUAUAGGAAAGAGGCAUUACACGGAAACAAAAAACACUAGUGUAAUUGCCAACGUGAAAAAAGGUAAAGCGAUCAAUGUAAUUGCUGCAAAAUAUAUAAUAGGAAAAAGGUUGUGUAGUGCUUUUAAUAGAAUGUGAUGCUACAGUACCUAGACUUCAAAGGUGUAAGUGCCAAUCAUAAUGUACAAUAAAUACUGUACAUCAAUCAA